CCAGUUAUUAUUAGGUGGAAUCCUGAAGAGACCCCCUUUUUCUUUUCUCCACUCAGGAGAGAGUCUAGGCAUCCAACAUUUCCGAGUCUACCAAAAAUUUCUUUCCUUCGUCAACAACAAACUAACUAACCCAACAUCACUGUCAACCACAUAACUCGCAAAAGCCAUUCUCUUUCCAACCAUGCAAUUUACUACCUGGAAUUAAUGAUUGCGAUGAGUGCACAAUUCAGAGGCCGUAACGCGCCUCCUCACCCCUCUCAUGCGAUGCAUCCGCCGCCAGUUGUCUGCGGGCCAUGCGACUAACGAUGAAGCCCGGGGCAACUGGCUGCCCCCAACUUUACGCAGACCCUACCUGCUUACUCUGUCUACUCUCCUGCUACUGAUGGCUGUGGCUGUCGAGGUCCUACGUCAGUACUCUAAUCUUCACAAUGGUGUCGCGCAGUUCAAAAACCAGGAAAACCUUUCACCGAGGGAAUGGCGAGCUUGGACGGAUACACCCACCAUUGUCGGCCUGGUCGCCGUUGUUCUUUGGGAAGUUUUUGCUCAGGAUGUCUUGCGCCUAGAACCCUACUUCCAGCUGGCUGGUUCCAGCGAGGUUCCUGCCAGUGUCCUCUUCAUCAACUAUAGCUUUGAUGCUGGGAUCCUCGCCCCAAUCCGUGCCGCUCGGAAUCGGCAUUGGAUCGUGCUAUGCGUCUCUGCGAUGUCGAUGGCAAUACAUCUUGCAGUGCCGUCUCUGUUAUCGGGCCUUCUUACCCUUGCCUCGACUGAUAUUGUGGAGACGAAAGCCCUGCAUACCUGGCCACACUUGGUUGGAAUGGAAAUUCAGGAGAAUUGGUUCUCAAUCGAAGCUGCUCACCGGAACUUCUCACAGGAACCGCGCGGCAACCCUCUCGGACUCAAAAGCAACGUGAAGUAUGCUUUGGCUCCUCUCUCAAAUGUGGCGUAUGAGAGUGAUGCCUAUGCUCUAAUGAAUUUGAACCAGUCGGUUUAUUGGUCCGACAUGACGUGCGUGAAUGCGACUGUAGCUGGGACAAUGCCCCAUGCACCCAAUGCUACUGCGACCAACGAACAUCGCCUGUCGUGGGACCUCUCCAACAUCACAUUCCCGGACAUUGGGUCGACUUCUGACUGCAACAUUGACAUCAUGUUAGACAGCAUCUUUCCGCUCGGUGACGGAAAGUUUCAAGCACGCCACUGGGCGCCCGUGCAGUCCGCCCCAGCUUCGUUCUCUCAAUCCGCGUUCCGCGCUACUAAAUGCAUCUCUACUGGCUUUCUCGGUGUCAUGGUCGAGGUGGAGAGUAGAGCGGGGACAAUACUGAAUUCGAACGCCAUCGCCUUCGCAUGCCAGCCAAUCUUUAGGCAGUCAAUUGCCAGCGUUUCAUUUACUCGGGGAGUCUUUGAUUCAGCCAGCAUUGUAUUAAACAUUCCUACUGUCAGCAAAUUGAGUACUAAAGAGUUCAGUGUGCAUGGGUUCCAAGGUCUAAUGUCAUCGGAUCUUACGGCGACAGAGCUUCCUUUGGACCAAAAGUUCCGUGUCGUUGUUUCUGGCGAUACGGAGACUCUGCAACUGACCCAAUAUCAAGAUACAAUUGGUCACUUGUGGAAUUCCGAAUUCGUGGUUGCUAUUGACAGGCUUUUUGAUCGACAGGCAAAUGCCGUGCGGGUUGAUGCCAAAUUUUCGAUGUCCUUAUUGACCAUCGCAGUGACACCUCGGACCGCUGUGGCUGUCGAAGUCAUUACGAUAUUGGGAUCUCUCUUGGUUCUAUAUCUGAGUUUCGCAUAUCCCCGUCGCCCCAGACUUCUCCACAGAGACCCUAGCUCGAUCGCUGCGCAGUGUCAUCUCAUUGCGCGUCUAAUUGGUCCCGACACUCUUAAUACCUUGUCUCACCCGAACUAUCAUGUCGCCAAAACCCGAGAACUUCGAAAGUGGACCAAGGGACUCUGGUGCAGAUGGACGACUGGGUCCGUCGAUCAAGUGAUCGAAAUAUCUUCGAUCGACGGGUCUCCUGCGAAGAUGUGUGCCCGUCCAGCUGUUUCAGCACGUCGAGACCCAAUGCCGCAUUUCUUAACCCUUCCAUGGUUUGUGAUGGAAUGUGUCUUGCUUGUUGGCGCAGUCACCUUGUUUGGGUUGACAUAUACAUGGAUACAAAUUCACGCGAUAGACUCCCUCAGCUCAACUCGAUUCUUGGUAGCAGCAGUCUUUUUGGUCUAUGGCCCAACAGUGCUUGCUUCGAUCAUGCGCUCUCUUUUGAACUCUUUGCACCGCCACCUGAGCGUUGCAGAACCCUGGAUUCAACUAAGAAAUGGUAUGGUCACAUCGAAGAAAUUAUCUGCGCCGAUCUAUGGACCCCUGUCAAGCCUCUUUUUGUCAAUGCGUCGAGGGCCGCGACCCCCGGUUGCAGUAUUGACUCUAUCGUUAAUAUGCAUGCUAAACCUUAUACUUGUCGUUGUCAGUGGUGGAUUAUUUGAGCCACAGAUUAACACUUACCUCGCAGCCUCUGGGCUCACCACUGCAUACACUGAGUCAUCUUUCGUCGGCCACACGUUGGACCCGGGCUUUAGGAUUUAUGACCGCAGUAUAUUUCCUCUGACGACAAAUGAGUCGAACAUACCGUGGGUUACAAGCCAUCUCUCAUUCCUUCCAUUCACCAUUGACAUGGUUGAAGACGCUGUCGGCGUGCUCUAUACUACCACCAGGCGAGGGAUUGGCGCCAAUCUCAAGUGUGAAGCUGUUUCGCCUGCCAACGCAAUCGCCGACUAUAGCACUGGAACAAUGAACUGGACGUACGCUCCUGUGGACAAUUCGACUCUCGAAUGCACCCUCCAAUUACCCCUCAAUGUAUCCGAACCUCAACGGACCACAAUUCAGUGGGCUUGGCCCGACAGCUCCGACUGCCAGAGGCUCAAUUUCUUCGUCUCCUCCUCCAUCCCCACGAAAGGCAAUUCAAUCACCACAGCCAUGUACUGCACCCCUCACCUCACUAAUCCAACUUACGAAAUCCAAGUCGACCCAAGUUCCUUGAUCCAGGAACAUACCCUUAUCGCUAAUGAAUCACCGCUCACCACCGGCUCUUUCUUCGAAAGCCUGUCUACAGCCUUAGGCACGUUCAAUCAGAACCUAGGCACCUUCAUCCACAACAUAACAACGCACCCCCACCCCCUUCCCUACUACCUUUCCUCUUUCCCCAACGCCCAAACAACCGACUUCUACCAGCAACACCGCCAGGACGACCACAAGAUCUCCACGCAAGACCUGGCCCACGCAGUGCAAUCUAUCUAUCAAAGCACAUUCUUGAAUUACAUGACCCUCCAUCGUGACGAACUCUUCCCCCCUGGUCCUCUAGUCCAGAUACCUGGAAAGACGACUUACACGUUAUGGGGCUUGAUGCCCUCCACAACCUCCAUCCUCAUCAUCAUCGUAAUCCUCUCACUGGAUGUUCUCGCUCUCGUGACUGUGUUUCUAUGCUAUUUUGGACGAUACGAUGCCCCUCGCAUUCCGAAAGCGGUUGGCUCCCUGAUACCGUGGGUCGGAGGGAGAGAAGGGUUACGGAGGCUGAAGGAUAUGGACGAGCAGGACAACACAAAACGACAGUACCAUUUCUGGCCUCGGACUGAUGCCGAUGAUCAGACGACAUGUAACUUGCCUAUACCAUAA